AUAAUUGCUUUUAGGUUAAAAGGAAAAGUAGCUCUGAUAACUGGCGCCGCCAGUGGCAUCGGCGAGGCGACCGCUAGGCUUUUUUCCAAACACGGAGCCAAGAUCGUAAUAGCUGACAUCCAAGACGACCUAGGCCAAAAAGUUGGAAAUGAUUUGGGCUCCCCCUCGGCCAUAUAUGUUCAUUGCGAUGUCACCAUAGAAUCCGACGUAAAAUAUGCCGUCGACACCGCCGUCUCUAAGUUCGGCCGGCUCGACAUAAUGCAUAACAACGCCGGCAUCAGUGGCGAGCCCAAAACUAGCAUUCUUGAAUGCACACAGAGCGAUUUCGAGCAUGUCAUCAAAGUUAACCUAAUCGGUUAUUUUCUCGGUACCAAGCAUGCUGCCCGUGUAAUGAUUCCUAAUCGUAAUGGCAACAUAUUAAUGACGGCUAGUGCGGCUAGCGUCGUUGCCGGCUCCUCACCACAUGCAAGUGCUAGCUCGAAGCAUGGCGUAGUAGGGCUUACUAAAAAUACUGCGGUGGAGUUAGGACAAUAUGGUAUUCGCGUGAACUGCAUUUCGCCGUACGUGGUGGAUACUCCUUUAGUCAGAGAUAUGUUUGGCGCAAUCGAUGGUGUUAGCGAGAAAAUGUAUCCGUAUUUGAAUGGGAAGAUUUUGCGAGCGGAUGAUGUGGCUGAGGCCGCGCUAUAUCUAGCGGGCGACGAGGCGAAGUAUGUGAGCGGCCAUAAUCUUGUGGUUGAUGGAGGGUUUAGUAUUGCAAAUUUAAAGCUGAAUUAUUUUGCUCAAACCAAAUGA